AAACCUACAAGAGCGAGGGCGGACAUGUCGAGAUCCGCCUGGCUGUUCUCUCUCUCUCUCUCUCUCUCUAUAAAACUCACAUUGUCCUCGUUGCCGUUGAUCUAUAUUUUUUCUCUUGGUCUUCCCAGAUCCGCCUUUUCUCCGAGGAAUCUGCCAUGGCUCUUCGAUCGUUCCUCGGUGCCCCUAGGACAAUUUUCCAUGGACACUCUUCAGUUGAGAAGCCUGUUCCCAUCCUUGUUUCCAGUACCGUUUCAAAAUCUUUAUUACAGAGGGUUCCAGAAGAAUACCAGAGAUCUAUUUCCUCAAUGGUUCUCCCAAAACAUUCAUUACAUGUAAAGGCCUCACAGAAUACAUCAGCUUUGACUACGAAUGCUGACACCGAUCAGAAGAAUUCAAUCACCUCAACUUUUCCAAAUGGAUGUCAGACAUUGAUCGAGGAGGUCUGUGACCUAACAGAUAUCGCAGAGCUCAAAAUGAAGGUUGGUGAUUUCGAAAUGUUCCUGAAAAGAGAUGUAGGAAUCUCAAAUGCCCCAAAUUCAGUUUCAGCUCCUAUUGAGUCACCAAUUACAGCACCACCAAUUCCAAGCAAGCCAAUGGUGGAAGCAGUUCCUUCUUCCCCUCCUGUUCUGGAGCAGAAGUCUCCUGCAACUGCUUCCAGUCCAUUUACCUAUGUUUCUGCGGCAAAGACAUCAAAGUUGGCAGCUUUAGAAGCUUCUGGACUGAAUGCAUAUGCUCUAGUAUCAUCAUCUACGGUUGGUUCAUUUCAAAGUGGAAGAACGUUGAAAGGGGAAAGACAGCCUCCUGUCUGUAAAGAGGGUGACAUCAUCAAAGAAGGGCAAAUUAUUGGCUUCUUGGAUCAAUUUGGAAAUGAACUUCCUAUUAGAUCCAUACCGGUUUACCAACCGGUCGUCGAUAUGGGGUACGUAUCGAACCAUACCAAUGUACCAACACACGAAACGAUGGAACAUAUUGACAAGCCGAUAUGUACCACUCUUACUGAUCUCUUGUCGGACCGUCAGAUGUAGCUGGAGAAGUAAUAAAGAUCCUCUGUGAGAAUGGAGAAGCUGUUGGCUAUGGAGAUCCCCUUGUUGCCGUCUUGCCUUCAUUCCACGGGGUAAAGUGAGUCAAUCUUCAUUCCCUCCGUGCUCCUGGAUUUGCGGUGAAGCUCUCCCAUGUUGAUGAUUGCUGGGGAAAUCCAUCUGAUUUGGCUUUUAAUCUUUGAACUGUCAUGGCGAACCAAAAAUUCCCUCUUUUUAUGCGCCCAAGUCGUUUACAAUUUUCAGUAAAUGAUAUCAACACGAACUUAGAUCAUAUGUCGAAUUCUUUAGCUUUCCUUGGUCAGAGUUGAAGCUUAAAAUCACAAGUAAGCAAAAAACUCUUGAAGCUAUUCUGUUCAUGAUUCAUUGCUAAAUACAGCUGCCCUCGUUUUGGAACUGGUCACAUUGUUGUGACACGCACAAAAUUUCUUCAGAGCUGAACUUGUUCAUUUGCCA